UCCAUCUUAACGGUCACAAGAAGGAGAAAAAAAAAGAGAUUGAAUUUUGCCUGGAGACGCCGCAGUUAGUGUUCCACCAUGUUCAAGAGAGACGACUGCAUCCGAACUAAUCACGACGCCGUCUUUUCCAAGUGGCAGGGUAUCGCCCGAUCCAUGCUUCUGCGUAAACCCAUUUCGCAAACUGCAGAAUUACGGAAGACUUAUGCGGACUACUCCCUAAUUUCUCGAGAUUUAGGUCCAAAGAUUCUGAUCGGAGCCGACGAUAAGGAAAAUUUCAGAAAGGGGAAAGAUUGUGUUGGUAGAUACAGAGGAGUUCAAGAAGCCCUUCCGGGUCUGUCUGAGCUUGGUGUAUCUGUUAUCAAUCAUGACCAGGGUAGAAAAGAUGAUGGUCUUUUGGCUACUCUUGGUCAAACUGAAAGCAUUAAUUAUCGGCUCCGGUCUUAUGGUAGAUCUACUGCUCAUCCUGACGUACUCAAGAAACUUGGCGACAUCCCGAGAAAGUCAGGUCUGUCUCAAACGAUUCUUCCUGUUACUCAGAAGAAAGCUGACAACAAAACCGAAGAGAACAAGCAUGAUUCUGCUGAAGAGAGAGAGUUCAGUUCUGAUGCAGCUGAGAAAGUGAGUAAUUUGCUACUCAGUCCGUCCAGACCUCAACCGGUUUCAGACAGACAUUCACAUGAUGGCAUAGUUGAUGGGUCUGAUUCUGCUUCUGUUUGUGGAGUCUUACUAGAAGAUGGUACUACUUGCGCUACAACUCCAAUCAAAGGAAGAAAGAGAUGCACAGAGCAUAAAGGGAAGAAACUUUCACGUGUUUCUCCAGUAAAACUUAUACCGUCCGAAGUUCCUACCAGAAGAGAAUGUCAAGAAACUGAUGAUAUAUGUGGAGUGAUUUUACCUGAUAUGGUGCGUUGCAGAAGACCACCUGUUUUAAGGAGAAAACGAUGCGAGGAUCACAAGGGAAUGAGAGUCAAUGCCUUCUUCUUUCUGCUGAACCCAACAGAACGUGAUGAAGCCGUCAAAGAGGCCAUCAAAGAGGAUAAAUCCAAACCGAAGACAUGUACAGGCAUGAACCAAGAGGAUCUUUUAUGUGAAGCUACAACAAAUAAUGGUUUGCCUUGUACGAGAAGAGCAUCUAAGGGAAGCAAAAGAUGUUGGCAGCACAAAGAUAAAACUGUGGACCAUGGAUCUUCCGAAAAUGUUCAGUCAGCAACCAUAAGUAAAGUAAUUUGCGGUGUUAAGCUGUACAGUGGAUCGGUAUGCGAGAAAGCUCCAGUGAAAGGACGGAAGAGAUGUGAGGAGCACAAAGGGAUGAGAAUCACAUCUUAAAUUCAAAAGCAUUCGAGUAACUCCUUUUGUAAGUAUCUGACCGAGGCGGUUUUGGUAUUGGUAAAACUUUGUUGAUUUACCGUAUCAUACUUUUAACUCUAGAUAUCUUAGGUUGCAUGAAUUAACUAAGUAGGUACAAGUUAAUGGAACGGUAUCUGCUUUUUUGUAAGAAGCAGCUUCACUUUUCUUAAUCAUUAUCUCUGUAUUUCUGUAAUAAACCUUGUUGAUUUCGGUCAAAUGUAGAAGCUGCUGCAAACUAGCUAAACUUCUCAUAUGUGUAGUGUUUCACCCUAUC